GGGCAACUCGCGUGCGUACAAGCUAAACAUUGCGGUGUGGAGAUGAUUUCAAGUUGAAAUGGCAUGAUCUCUUUUAGUUGUGUAUAACUAUAGAUUAGUAUGCAUUCAUGUUUAGUUUGCUAAUGAAGUCAAGGGUGUUGAACAUCGCGUUUCGGUGUCCUAUAAAAAUGACUUCUCCUUACUUCGCCUCCAACGAUUCUUGUUCUGUCCGAGCGAGGACUGGUUCCGAGAAUCAAAACAAACUUUCUGUGCUUAAAAGCCGAAUGGCCAGGAGCACCAAGCCCAAUAACUUUGAUCCAGUUAAAAUCAAAGAGGAGAAGGAAGAGCAUAGCAUCGCUUCAGAGACGACCAGUGAUGCUCUGGUGGGCAAAGGAAAACGCACAGCAGAAAAGGUAUCCAAGGUGGAAACCUCAGCAUGCCGUACAAAUGGUGAAGGAACCCAUACCUCAGUCACCUCACCACCACGUAAGCCCAGGAGAACGCGGUUGAAGGUGGAAUAUGACAUGGAGAAUAGCAGUACCACGGCAGUGAAAAAGGAAGAGACAUGGGAGCCAAAUGGCUGGAGGCUUCAGCUGGCCAACAUCCGUGAGAUGCGCAGCACCAGAGAUGCCCCAGUGGACCAGAUGGGGGCAGCCAAGUGCUAUGAUGCAGACGCUGCACCUGAAGUGAUUCGGUACCAGGUGUUGAUCUCUCUCAUGCUCUCCAGUCAGACUAAAGACCAGGUGACUGCGGCGGCGAUGCAGAAGCUGAGAGCGCACGGCCUGACCAUACCAAACAUCCUCAACACUGACGACGACACCCUGGGGAAGCUCAUCUACCCAGUGGGCUUUUGGAGGACUAAAGUGAAGUACAUCAAGCAGAGUACCGCCAUGUUGCGUGAGGAAUACGGGGGUGACAUCCCCAGCUCUGUGGAAGGCCUGGUGCAGCUGCCUGGCGUGGGGCCCAAGAUGGCCCAUCUGGCCAUGGACAUCGCCUGGCACCAGACCUCUGGCAUUGGGGUGGACACACAUGUGCAUCGCAUCUCUAACAGGCUGGGCUGGACUAGGACCCAGACCAAAACCCCAGAGGACACCCGGCGAGCUCUAGAAGCCUGGUUGCCAAGGGAGCUGUGGAGUGAGAUCAACUGGCUGCUGGUGGGCUUUGGCCAGCAGGUGUGCCUCCCCGUGGGGCCCCAGUGCGUCUCCUGCCUCAACCGCCACUGUUGCCCCUCCGCCUUCAAGUGCUCUCCCACCAAAAGGCCCAAACCCGGCAGCAGCCCCGGGCCCUUAUCCCCAGGUAGGAGCUCCGGGCUGGGCAGCAGAGUCAAGUCAAAAGACUCCCCUCCACCUCCACCUCCACCUGUGCACGUGAUGAAAGUGGAGCAAAGCACAGCUCCUGUCUCUGACUACUCUCGCCCUGUUCCAGGAGAAGACAAGGCUGUAACCCAAGACGAGGACAGCGGACAAAGCCGACUGAAAGGAGAGCCACAGGCUGUCUUUUUGUCUCCGCCCGUGUUGAGGAAAAGAUCCAAAAUCAAGACCUGACUGCACCUGACUUUCACUGAUGCAUGUUGCCAUUUAAGCUACAUUUGUUGUCGUUUUUUAGAAAUCUGCUGUAUAUAAAGAAGUACUGUAUAAAUAAAAUGUAUUUAGUUUUGUACUGUUUAUAGAUGGUUAUGUAACUUUCUUAGCUACCUCAUUGACUGAGGGUCUUAGAUUUGUGUUCACUGUUUUUUUCUAUGCCACUAGAUGGCCCUCGUUGGCCAAGUUUUACCUCUACAUUACUUCACGUGCCUGUGUAUUAUAAUAGGCAAAUAAACUGCACGUAUUUGUUCAGUGACCUAAAUUCUUGUUAUGUCUCGUGUUGUGUACAUGUUUUCAAAGGUUGUCUAUGCGUUAAAGACAACGAAAACAUCCUCAUUCAGCAUUUGAAGCAUAGUUUGGCAGGUUUCACGCAUAGAUGGCAGGAGCCACAGGAGCCAAAAAUGUUGGUGUGAGUCUAAGAUCUCUGAAUGCCAAAUAUAUCUCUUUUAU